AUUAUUUGUCUGUUUACGUUACGCUAAUUAAUUUAAAUAUCUACACCUACUCUCGUUUUGUUUAUAUUAAUAUUAUACAUCGCACGUACACUGUUUACGCUGUAUAAUAAUACAUUUUUACAAUAAUGUGCAUAAGGGCUCGUUUAGUAUACGGUCCCCGAAAGGAUUUCACCACAACGCCUGCAGUAAUAUCCAAAACAAAAAUUCAUGAUUAUUAAGCAUAGUUGUAUUACAAAUGCACUUCAUCUUACCAGAAUUUCAGUUCAACAAUGACUUUCUUGAAUAACAGAGUAGCUUAAGUUUAUGAUAAACCAGUAUCAAUCACGAUGUUUAAUUUUAUGAAAAAAAGUUCUGGUUCCCACAAUGUGGUGAAUAAUGGGAGCAGUUCUGGAUAUGGGUCACAGGGUUCAGCCAAUAAUCAAACUGAAGAAAAAGAGCAAAGAAAAAAAAUGAAGAAAAUGCGUAAAGAAAAGGAAAAAAAAGAAAAAGGCAGUUUUAGUAUGUCUUCUGAUGAUUUAUUAAGAUUGGAUGAGGUGAGAAAAUCAUUAAAACUACGAACAAGGCGUAAAGAGAAACAAAAGUUGCCUAGUGGAAUUACUGCAGAUUACAGUGCAAACUUUUUUGCUCCAUUGAAUCGUGAUGAGACUGAUGAAGCAGUUCAAACCCCUCCUCUUCCACCUCGCAGAGGUAUUCUUAAACCUCCACCAAUCUUAGAACAUGGACCAUUACAGGAUCUUGAUUCAGAUUCUCUUCUACAAACUAAUACAUUAAAAAAUGAAUUAAUUGUGUAUGAAAAUGUUCCAAGAGUAUCAAGUAUUGAUAGCCUCACAGACUCAACAACAAAUAGCAGUUUUGCUACACCAUUUAACCUUAGUCCUUCUGGAAAUGAUUAUUUAACUGAUGAGUUUGACGAAAACUUAAAACUUCCAUGUGUUCCAAUUGUGAAGGUAGAGCCUCGUAUAUUGACCAUUAAUAGAAGAGCAGGACCUGGCAGUGAUUUUGGGUUUUCAUUAAGACGUGGUCUUGUAUCAGAAAAUACAGCAAAAAGUUUGAAACCAGUGAUUUUUGCUGAGCCGGGACAAGAUAAAACACAUUAUACGGGACUUCUUCCUGGGGAUAAAUUAAUAGAAGUAAAUGGUAGUCCUGUUUCUGAUAAAAAUAGAGAUGAAAUUAUUGAUAUGAUUAAGUCAUCAGAAACAAGCGUAACUGUUAAGGUAGAGCCAGCUUUGGAGCUUUAUGAAUUAAGUCAAACAUAUUUAAACAGUCAAAAUGGAAAUACUUUAGUAAGUAAACAGUUAUUAUUUAUUAUUAUUUGUAAUCAUUUAAAAUAAACAAUAUACAAUAGCUUCUUGGUAAUCU